CAUAUUCAUGUGCACCAUAUCAUCUACCAAAUCUAGCUUUAUUCUAAAGUAGCAAAAUGGAACUUCCCAUUCCUACACUAUGCUUUGUCCUUUUAAUCCUAAUUACUUCCUUUUUUGCAUCAACUAUACAAGCUGCAAACUCAAAUCUAUUCCGAGAAUAUAUUGGAGCUCAAUUCAAAGGUGUCAAAUUUUCAGAUGUUCCUAUAAACCCAAAUGUUAAUUUCCAUUUCAUUUUAUCCUUUGCUAUUGACUAUGAUACUUUAGCUUCUCCUACAAAUGGACAAUUCAACAUUUUUUGGGACAACCAAAAUCUUAGCCCUUCACAAGUUUCUUACAUAAAAAAUCAAAAUCCAAAUGUCAAAGUUGCUCUUAGUCUCGGUGGAGACACCGUUCAUGGCAAUUUGGCUUAUUUCAAUCCAUCUUCGCCCGAUUCAUGGGUUUCGAACGCGGUUUCUUCACUAACAAGCAUAAUCAAGAUGUAUAACUUAGAUGGAAUUGACAUUGAUUAUGAACAUUUCAAGGGAGAUCCUAGUACAUUUUCCGAUUGCAUUGGAAGGUUAAUUCAAACAUUAAAAGAUAAUAAGGUAAUUAGUUUUGCUUCAAUUGCGCCAUUUGAUACUGAAGAAGUUCAAAGUCAUUACUUAGCCUUAUGGAAGAGUCAUGAGAACAUUAUAGAUUAUGUUAAUUUUCAAUUUUAUGCAUAUGAAAAAAGUACCACGGUGGCACAAUUUAUUGAUUAUUUCAAUAAACAAAGCUUAAAUUAUAAUGGUGAAAAAGUGUUAGUGAGUUUUGCUAGUGGUGAUGGAGGUGGUGGAUUAGGACCAGGGAAUGGAUUCUUUGAUGCAUGUCGUAUGUUAAAGAAUCAGCAAAAGCUUAAUGGUAUUUUUGUGUUUUCAGCUGAUGAUUCUAAGGCUAAUGGUUUCCCCUAUGAGAAGGAAGCACAAGAGCUUUUGGCUAGUCCUAAUUAGAUUUCAAUUAUCUUUUUGUUCACCCAUUAUUAUAUAAUUAAAUAAAGGGUUGAACUUGUUUUAAGUA